AUGCCGUUAAACCACUACAGUGGCGCCUAUUACAAACAAGUUGACCCAUUUGGAAAUUCAGGAAGGUUUUCUCUACUGAAUACCAACUUUCCGAACUUCUUCCACUCUAUGACAGUUGAUAGUCUAGAGUGCAGCAUUUGCUUGCAAAACCUUGUUCAUCCUGCUCAGUUACCAUGUGGUCAUAUAUUUUGCUUUUUGUGCAUUAAAGGUUGUGCCUUUCACAGGCGAAAAUGUCCUAUGUGCCGCAGUAGAUUCUCGUCGCGUUUUUUCGAUGAUCCCAAGUUAAUAAAUGUUUGCGAUCUACGUGAAAAUGAUCAAGAUAAAUUAAGUCACAUUGUUGACUUAUGUGAACGCUUGUCAACUUUACCUCAAUCAGUCAAUGAUUCAUACUCUAAUGAAUUACCAAGUUAUUCUUGGUUCUAUGAAGGUUUCCAAGGUUGGUGGCAAUACGAUGAACGUACUUGUAAUGAGUUGGAGAAUGCAUUUAAUAGGCAAUUAUCGUCAUAUGAAUUGACUAUUGCAGGUUAUGUAUACAGUAUAGAUUUGAAAAAUAUGACUCAGAUCCGGAAAGAUCGUUCUGGUCGUUUGCGUCGAAUUAAACGGGACUUGCUAACUUGUGAAAAGAAGGGUGUAGCUGGAAUAAAAAUGUCCUCAAUUCAAUCAUCUAGCAAUAGUACAACAUCAGUGUGUAAACAGUUAGAAAUUGAGGAAGCGACUCAUUCCAACUCUAAUGGAGUUAAUGUGGGUCCAAUGAAUAAUCCGUCUUCCAACUUACCGUGUUCAAAAUCCUCCAACAAUGGCUGUUUAGAAAGUGAUAGAUCAGAAGCUAAGCAGAUAGUAAGUGCAAGCCGAUCAAGUACACCAUAUUUAUCUGGAGAUGAAUAUGUUUCCAACUACUCACUAAAUUCUUCUGGAUCUCGUAAUCAACGUAAUCCAAGUCCUUCUACGUCAGGAGAAUCAUUGUGCCAUCACAAUCGUAAACGUUCUUAA